AUGAUGGAAGAAGCUCAAGAGAAAGAUAUGGAUGCAAUUGCUUGUUUUAAAGGGGGUAAAUCGUUAACAAUUACUGGACGACAGUAUGGCGUAUGUUCGCAAGCUCAAAUGGUUAAUUUACUUGCUUCGUCAAAUCGUUAUGGUUACAUAUUUUAUGCUACGGAAACCGAUGGUCUUGUAAUAAUCCCAUCGAAAUAUAUUGAUAAAGAAUCAUCUCAUCUAAGUAAAUCAUCGGACGACGACGAUGAUGAUCCGGGUGAAAAUCAAAAUCUUGGAAAAAAUUCUAUUAUUCGUCGAUCAUAUUUACCUACUCAAAUGAUGAAUAAAAACGCUUCAAUUCUUCCUUGUUGGAUAUCUUUGAAUGCAGAUGAUUCUAUUCUCGCAAUAAUUCUCUUAGAGUUAGAUACUCGUGCAUGGCAUAUUAUUUUCUAUGAUGUUGUCAAAUUAAUUCAAACACAGGAUUCAGCACCACUCUUUUCUCCGAUGUAUCUUCCUACUGAUCAUGUUGGUGGCACAAUUCAAUGUUUUGCAUGGAAUCCAGCUAUUUCGAGUAUGUUUGCUUAUAUUGAUGGAAACGGAGCUGUUUCAACAUUUGACAUCGAUCAAAAUUCAAAACAAUUAAAACUUCUUGGCGAAUCUGAUGCCAAUGACGAUAAUUCAUCAAUUUGUUGGAGUCCAAAAGGAAAACAAAUUGUUCUAGUAAAAUAUGAUGGUGUCUUGGAAUUAUAUGAACCGAAUAUGAAAUUAAGAAAAAAAUAUGCAUCAGCUACUGAUGCAUCAAUGCCUCCAUGUAUUAGUGUAAUUUGGAUUUCGACGCAUCAAUUUUUACUUGGUUAUUCUGAAAAUAGUCCAGAUGAAAAUUCAAAUGAAAGUUCAUUUUUUCAAAUUAUGACAACGUAUGAGAAAGAUCAACUUGUUAAAGCACAAGUUUAUAAUGAUCUCUUUUUUGAUGCUUCCGAAGCUCCAGCUAAUAUUAAUCCACAAUAUUUUCAUGUACGAGUAAAUGAAAGUAAAAUGAUCAUUAGUGGCGUGUCGAAAUCGUUGAAAAUCAAUGUACUUGGCUCCGAUGAACUCAAUCAGGUUUGUACAUGA